AAAGGAGCAAAAAAAAUUCCUUCAGGAUAAGAGGAAAAUCGACCACCUCACCUCGGCUUCCAUCUCUCUCCGCAAUGGCGGCCGCCACAGCAGCCGCGGCCGCAGCCCUCCUCUCCGGCGGCAGCGGCCCAAUCCCCAGCACAACCCUUCAAAUCCAGCCCUUUGUUUCUCCCCUUCCCUUUCGCCGCCGUGGUCGCACCGUACACGUCUCCAACGCCUCGUCGUCCCCGUCUUCCCCACCGACGCCGGAGAAGGAGGCGGUGGCCGAAGCGGUUCCGUUGCCUACCGCGGAAUCCUGCGUCAACCUCGGCCUCGAGCUCUUCUCCAAGGGCAGGGUGAGGGAUGCUCUUGACCAAUUUGAGAAUGCCUUGGAGCUGAAUCCAACACCUAUUGAAGCCCAGGCAGCCCUGUAUAACAAGGCAUGCUGCCAUGCAUAUAGAGAAGAAAGCAAAAAGGCAGCAGAAUGUUUAAGGACAGCUUUGCGGGACUACAAUCUCAAAUUUGGUACCAUACUUAAUGAUCCAGACUUGGCGCCGUUCAGAGCAUCGCCAGAAUUUAAGGAACUUCAAGAAGAGGCUUUGCGUGGUGGAGAAGAUAUUGGUUCUGGGUUCCGAAGAGACCUGAAACUCAUUAGUGAAGUACAAGCACCAUUCCGUGGCGUCAGAAGAUUCUUCUAUGUAGCUUUAACAGCAGCAGCUGGAAUUUCAACAUUCUUUACCAUUCCCCGACUUAUACUAGCAGUCCAAGGAGGUGAUGGUGCUCCUGAUCUUCUGGAAACUGCUGGGAAUGCUGCCAUCAAUAUUGGAGGUAUUGUUAUGCUUGUGGCUUUGUACUUCUGGGAAAACAAGAAAGAAGAGAAGCAAAUCACACAAAUUUCUCGUAAUGAAACCCUUUCAAGAUUACCUGUGCGCCUGUCAACUAAUCGCAUUAUUGAGCUUGUUCAACUCCGGGACAUUACUAGGCCAGUUAUAUUGGCAGGCUCGAAAGCAUCUGUUACUCGGGCCAUGCAAAGAGCUGAGAGGUACCGGACUGAACUGCUCAAACGAGGUGUUCUUCUAAUUCCAGUGAUAUUUGGCGCUUCUCAGAAAGACCAAACCAAACCAAGGGGUUUUGGUACAAGAAGAGCUGCUGCAUCAGCUCCUUCAGUUGGGGGUGACUUUGAAAAACGUACUGAAUCUAUUGCGGCAAAGUCACGUUUGAAAGCUGAGGUUCGGUUUAAGGCAGAUAUUGUCUCUCCUGAACAGUGGGAAAGUUGGAUACGUGACCAGCAAGAGUCUGAAGGCGUCACUCCUGGUGAAGAUGUCUACAUAAUCCUUCGUCUGGAUGGCCGUGUCAGAAGAUCUGGAAUAGGUAUGCCAAACUGGAACGACAUAUUGCAAGAACUGCCACGACUUGAAGAUCUUAUGAGCAAACUUGAACGGUGAAAAAGUGGAAAGCACUGUGGUUGGCAUGGUAAUUUCAACCCCAGGUUUUGAUUACAAUGCCAUCAAAACAGUACGAAGGUGAUGGUAGUAACUUAUAGAUUACUCAAGACAUGUUUCGAAACGUACCACCAUGGCCCAUAAAACUACUGUUUUCAUGACAUGAGGACCAUUGCUGCUUUCUAACCUCCUCAACUCUGAAAUGUACUCUUAAUGUAACAUCCAGAGUAUGCUAUAUGACUUCUCAAACUACAUCUGGCAAACUAAACUCAAUUGGAAUAUUAACCCAUCAAAUUUUAAAUACUCGACAUGUGCUUUGGUUAAGCAGUGGAAGUUUGGCAAUCAUGUCAGCUUUUCAAACAAAGGAAUUAUUCCUAAAAAAGGAAACAUUUGUAUACAAUUGAGUGGACAUCAUUCUAGCAACCUAGAACAGAAUGCAGGUAAUAUACUAGUAAAUACAAGUAAAUUGUUGGAAUAGUUAGAGAAGUCAAGCUUUUAUGUGUGUGUUUUCUUUGUUAUAUUAUUCAGAAGAUUUUGCAAUAA